AUGGAUCACUUGUCGGCGACGACGAGUGAUCGUUAUCGAACACGGUUGUUCGAUUCGUCAAGGAUCCAUCACCUUGACCCCAGCGCGAAAAACUAUCGCGCUGAGAAUGAAUUCUUCAUCGAUGCUUUCUUUAGACAUCGAUGGUACAGUGGGAAUCACAAGCGUGAUGGUCCCUCACUGCUUCAGGCGUGGAACGCCUACAUCCAUAACCUUGAGGAUGUAGGUCGUGACGCUUGGAACGACAAACUUAUCAAAGCUCGUGAUAAGUUUGAAAAGCGAACCCCGACAGGUGCACGCUACAAGCUGCAUCGUCUGUCAAGGGAGAAGGGAUUACCCUGCCUCUCUUGGGGAGACUCGUGCCCAUGUUGUGUGAACAACUCUGCACGAGCACCUAAGGAGGCUUACCUCCCUAAUAGCCCGUGGUGGCGCGUACGUAUCUCUACUGAGAUAUACGAAGGGAUUGACAACCUGAAAUCCCUUUACGACCGUGCCGGGAAGACUUUCUCCGGCGGUCCUUCUGCGGCACAGGAUGUGCCGCGUCGUACUGCUCAACCAGACCCAGUACGUCAACCAUCAGUUGGGAGCGGGGCUCCCAAGUAUCCCAGGACGGGGGAUAGCCGCGCCACCGGACGAGAUAACUCGUCCGACGUCCGUUCACGUCGCGGUGGUUCAACAGCUGCUCAACUAGAUAGCGCUGGCCACCGCGAGAGUCCUCUAAUGGAGGUGGAGGAGGAGGAAAGACGCUCUCCACACGAUCAUGGGGAUCCGUGUGUUCCCGAGAGCUUCUUUGAUCGCGUAACGCAAGGGUUACGCGGCGAUCUCGAACAUGAGCGGGACAGGCGUCUCCAAAUGGCGGACACUGUCUCGAAGCAUCGAGCUGAGUUUGCCUUUGCUCAGCUUGAGAACGAGAGAGCUCUGACAUCUCUUCGUGACGAGCUAAGGGUAGCUCGUGGGAUUGUUGAUCGGUCUCGGGAUGAGAUAACUGCUCUUCAGACCCUUGUCGAUGCCCACCAUCGGGAGCACAAGGCUCUCUGCGAGAUGCUUGAGCGCAAGGGCGUUCUUCAUCGGAAGAAGCAGCGUACUGAUGGUACGGCUUAA